AUGGGGAUCUCCAUAGUCAUCCUUCAAAUAUGUCUUUUACUGGAUCCGGUUCUAUCUGCAGCAAGGUCACAGUCAGCCACCAAAGGAACCACUUUUGAGGAGACACAGACAUCAGCUGGUCUGGGGAGUUCCCCGACUACAGACUAUGCUUCUUUGUCUCCCACAGAGGCAUCCCUGGCAACAAUUGAGGCAGAAGACAGCACUACAGAGAAUAUGAUGGCUACUAGUGCAAUAGGGACUGAGUCAGGUUUGGCCCUGAGGCUGGUGAGCGGAGAGGACCGGUGUCAGGGGCGCGUGGAGGUCUUGUACCGAGGCUCCUGGGGCACCGUGUGUGACGACGACUGGGACACCAAUGACGCCAACGUGGUCUGCAGGCAGCUGGGCUGUGGCUCGGCCACUUCGGCCCCUGGAAGUGCCCAUUUUGGUCAAGGCUCAGGGCCAAUUUUCCUAGACAACCUUCGCUGCUCUGGCCAUGAGUCCUACCUGUGGAGCUGCCCUCACAAUGGCUGGAACUCGCACAACUGUGGUCACGGAGAAGAUGCUGGUGUCAUCUGCUCAGGUGGGGAUGAAAUAUACCCAUCUCUCUCUCCUAGACGAUGGAGGAGGUUUUCUGUUCUUUAUCCCUCAGGGACUGAGUCAGAUUUGGCCCUGAGGCUGGUGAGCGGAGAGGACCGGUGUCAGGGCCGCGUGGAGGUCCUGUACCAAGGCUCCUGGGGCACCGUGUGUGAUGAUGACUGGGACACCAAUGACGCCAACGUGGUCUGCAGGCAGCUGGACUGUGGCUCGGCCACUUCGGCCCCUGGAAGUGCCCAUUUUGGUCAGGGCUCAGGGCCAAUUUUCCUAGACGACCUGAGCUGCUCUGGCCAUGAGUCCUACCUGUGGAGCUGCCCUCACCGUGGCUGGAACUCGCACAACUGUGGCCAUGGAGAAGAUGCUGGUGUCAUCUGCUCAGGUGGGGAUGAAAUAUAUCCAUCUCUCUCUCUAAGAUGGAGGUUUUCUGUUCUUUAUCGCUCAGGGACUGAGUCAGAUUUGGCCCUGAGGCUGGUGAGCGGAGAGGACCGGUGUCAGGGCCGCGUGGAGGUCCUGUACCAAGGCUCCUGGGGCACCGUGUGUGACGACGACUGGGACACCAAUGACGCCAACGUGGUCUGCAGGCAGCUGGGCUGUGGCGGGGCCAUUUCAGCCCCUGGAAGUGCCCGUUUUGGUCAAGGCUCAGGGCCAAUAUUCCUAGACAACCUGCGCUGUUCUGGCCAUGAGUCAUAUCUGUGGAGCUGCCCUCACAAUGGCUGGAACUCGCACAACUGCGGCCACGGAGAAGAUGCUGGUGUCAUCUGCUCAGGGAGUGAGUCAGGUUUGGCCCUGAGGCUGGUGAGAGGAGGGGACCGGUGUCAGGGCCGCGUGGAGGUCCUGUACCGAGGCUCCUGGGGCACCGUGUGUGACGACGACUGGGACACCAAUGACGCCCACGUGGUCUGCAGGCAGCUGGACUGUGGCUCAGCCAUGUCGGCCCCUGGAAGUGCCCAUUUUGGUCAAGGCUCAGGGCCAAUUUUCCUAGACAACUUGCGCUGCUCCGGGCAUGAAUCUGACCUGUGGAGCUGCCCUCACAAUGGCUGGAACUCGCACAACUGUGGCCAUGGAGAAGAUGCUGGUGUCAUCUGCUCAGGUGGGGAUGAAAUAUACCCAUCUCUCUCUCUGAGAUGGAGGAUUUCUGUUCUUUAUCCCUCAGGGAGUGAGUCAGGUUUGGCCCUGAGGCUGGUGAGCGGAGGGGACCGGUGUCAGGGCCGUGUGGAGGUCCUGUACCAAGGCUCCUGGGGCACCGUGUGUGACGACGACUGGGACACCAAUGACGCCCACGUGGUCUGCAGGCAGCUGGGCUGUGGCUCGGCCACUUCGGCCCCUGGAAGUGCCCAUUUUGGUCAAGGCUCAGGGCCAAUUCUCCUAGACAACCUUCGCUGCUCCGGGCAUGAGUCUGACCUCUGGAGCUGCCCUCACAAUGGCUGGAACUCGCACAACUGCGGCCAUGGAGAAGAUGCUGGUGUCAUUUGCUCAGACACCACCUGGAUCAGCAGCUCCACAGCUUCAACAACAGAAUUAGGGACUGAGUCAGGUUUGGCCCUGAGGCUGGUGAGCGGAGGGGACCGGUGUCAGGGCCGCGUGGAGGUCCUGUACCGAGGCUCCUGGGGCACCGUGUGUGACGACGACUGGGACACCAAUGACGCCCACGUGGUCUGCAGGCAGCUGGGCUGUGGCUGGGCCACGUCGGCCCCUGGAAGUGCCCGUUUUGGUCAAGGCUCAGGGCCAAUUCUCCUAGACAACCUUCGCUGCUCUGGCCAUGAGUCGUACCUGUGGAGCUGCCCUCACAAUGGCUGGAACUCGCACAACUGUGGCCACGGAGAAGAUGCUGGUGUCAUCUGCUCAGCUGCUCUGUCUCCGUCCACGAUCCAGCCAGACACCGACUGGCUCACCAGCUCCACGGCUUCAGCAACAGAAUUAGGGACUGAGUCAGGUUUGGCCCUGAGGCUGGUGAGCGGAGGGGACCGGUGUCAGGGCCGCGUGGAGGUCCUGUACCGAGGCUCCUGGGGCACCGUGUGUGACGACGACUGGGACACCAAUGACGCCCACGUGGUCUGCAGGCAGCUGGGCUGUGGCUGGGCCACGUCGGCCCCUGGAAGUGCCCGUUUUGGUCAAGGCUCAGGGCCAAUUCUCCUAGACAACCUUCGCUGCUCUGGCCAUGAGUCGUACCUGUGGAGCUGCCCUCACAAUGGCUGGAACUCGCACAACUGUGGCCACGGAGAAGAUGCUGGUGUCAUCUGCUCAGCUGCUCUGUCUCCGUCCACGAUCCAGCCAGACACCGACUGGCUCACCAGCUCCACGGCUUCAGCAACAGAAUUAGGGACUGAGUCAGGUUUGGCCCUGAGGCUGGUGAGCGGAGGGGACCGGUGUCAGGGCCGCGUGGAGGUCCUGUACCGAGGCUCCUGGGGCACCGUGUGUGACGACGACUGGGACACCAAUGACGCCCACGUGGUCUGCAGGCAGCUGGGCUGUGGCUGGGCCACGUCGGCCCCUGGAAGUGCCCGUUUUGGUCAAGGCUCAGGGCCAAUUCUCCUAGACAACCUUCGCUGCUCUGGCCAUGAGUCGUACCUGUGGAGCUGCCCUCACAAUGGCUGGAACUCGCACAACUGUGGCCACGGAGAAGAUGCUGGUGUCAUCUGCUCAGCUGCUCUGUCUCCGUCCACGAUCCAGCCAGACACCGACUGGCUCACCAGCUCCACGGCUUCAGCAACAGAAUUAGGGACUGAGUCAGGUUUGGCCCUGAGGCUGGUGAGCGGAGGGGACCGGUGUCAGGGCCGCGUGGAGGUCCUGUACCGAGGCUCCUGGGGCACCGUGUGUGACGACGACUGGGACACCAAUGACGCCCACGUGGUCUGCAGGCAGCUGGGCUGUGGCUGGGCCACGUCGGCCCCUGGAAGUGCCCGUUUUGGUCAAGGCUCAGGGCCAAUUCUCCUAGACAACCUUCGCUGCUCUGGCCAUGAGUCGUACCUGUGGAGCUGCCCUCACAAUGGCUGGAACUCGCACAACUGUGGCCACGGAGAAGAUGCUGGUGUCAUCUGCUCAGCUGCUCUGUCUCCGUCCACGAUCCAGCCAGACACCGACUGGAUCACCAGCUCCAUGGCUUCAACAACAGAAUUAGGGACUGAGUCAGGUUUGGCCCUGAGGCUGGUGAGCGGAGGGGACCGGUGUCAGGGCCGCGUGGAGGUCCUGUACCGAGGCUCCUGGGGCACCGUGUGUGACGACGACUGGGACACCAAUGACGCCCACGUGGUCUGCAGGCAGCUGGGCUGUGGCGGGGCCACGUCGGCCCCUGGAAGUGCCCGUUUUGGUCAAGGCUCAGGGCCAAUUCUCCUUGACAACCUUCACUGCUCUGGCCAUGAGUCGUACCUGUGGAGCUGCCCUCACAAUGGCUGGAACUCACACAACUGUGGCCACUCAGAGGAUGCGGGUGUCAUCUGCUCAGCUACUCCAUCUGAGUCCACAAUCCAGCCAGGCCCCUGGCCCACCUCAUCCAUACCUGUAGGAAUAACAAUAGGGAAUGAAACGGGUUUGGCGCUGAGGCUGGUGAGCGGAGGUGACCGGUGUCAGGGCCGCGUGGAGGUCCUGUACCAAGGCUCCUGGGGCACCGUGUGUGACGACAGCUGGGACACCAAUGACGCCAACGUGGUCUGCAGGCAGCUGGACUGUGGCUGGGCCAUGUCGGCCCCAGGAAGUGCCCGGUUUGGUCAGGGCUCAGGGCCCAUUGUGCUGGAUGACGUGCGCUGCUCUGGGCAUGAGUCCUACCUGUGGCGCUGCCCCCACAACGGCUGGAACUUGCACAACUGCAGGCACUCGGAGGAUGCAGGCGUCAUCUGCUCAGCUGCUCGGCCGCAGUCCACAAUCCAGCCAGGCCCCUGGCCCACCUCAUCCAUACCUGUAGGAAUAACAAUAGGGAAUGAAACGGGUUUGGCGCUGAGGCUGGUGAGCGGAGGUGACCGGUGUCAGGGCCGCGUGGAGGUCCUGUACCAAGGCUCCUGGGGCACCGUGUGUGACGACAGCUGGGACACCAAUGACGCCAACGUGGUCUGCAGGCAGCUGGACUGUGGCUGGGCCAUGUCGGCCCCAGGAAGUGCCUGGUUUGGUCAGGGCUCAGGGCCCAUUGUGCUGGAUGACGUGCGCUGCUCUGGGCAUGAGUCCUACCUGUGGCGCUGCCCCCACAACGGCUGGAACUUGCACAACUGCAGGCACUCAGAGGAUGCAGGCGUCAUCUGCUCAGCUGUACAAAGCACUCCUACUACCCCAGAUUGGUGGCGCCCAUCAACUCUAACUACUAAUAGACCCUCUUUGGGUUGUGGCGGCUUCUUAUUCAAUCCCAGUGGGGCAUUUUCUAGCCCAUUCUACCCUGGAUACUACCCCAACAAUGCCAACUGUGUCUGGGAAAUAGAAGUGAACCCCGGCUACCGCAUCAAUCUGGGCUUCAGUCAUCUGCAGCUGGAGACGCAUAGAAAUUGUAGUUUUGAUUAUGUUGAAAUCUCUGAUGGAUCACUGAAUAGCAGUAACUUGCUGGGGAAAAUUUGUAAUGACACCAGGCAAAUAUUCACAUCUUCUUACAACCAAAUGACUGUUCGAUUUCGAAGUGAUGUCAGUGUCCAAAACACCGGCUUUUCUGCUUGGUAUAACUCCUUUCCUAGAGAUGCCGGCUUGAGAUUAGUCAAUUCAAACUUCUCCUAUAAUGCAUGUGCCGGGCGUGUGGAAAUUUACCACGGUGGCACGUGGGGGACCGUGUGUGAUGAUUCCUGGGGCAUUCAGGUUGCCCAGGUGGUCUGCAGACAGCUGGAGUGUGGAUAUGCAGUAUCUGCCAUGGGAAAUGCCUAUUUUGGGCCCGGCUCUGGCCCCAUCACCCUGGACGAUGUAGUGUGCUCAGGAACUGAAUCUACUCUCUGGCAGUGCCGGAACCGAGGCUGGUUCUCCCAUAACUGUGCCCACAGUGAAGAUGCUGGAGUCAUUUGCUCAGGAAGCCAGCCAACAACGCAUGCUCCUGUUCACAAUGCCACUCGCCCAAACACAAAUUAUUCCUGCGGAGGCUUCCUGUCCCAGCCAUCUGGGUACUUUUCCAGCCCAUUCUAUCCAGGGAACUAUCCAAACAAUGCCAGAUGUGUGUGGGACAUUGAAGUCCAAAGUAACUACCGUGUGACUGUUGUCUUCAGAGAUGUCCAGCUUGAAGGUGGCUGCAACUAUGACUAUAUUGAAGUGUUCGAUGGCCCCUCCCACAGUUCCCCUCUGAUUGCCCGCGUUUGUGAUGGAGCCAAGAGCUCCCUCAGUUCCUCAUCGAACUUCAUGUCCAUUCGCUUUGUUAGCGAUGGCAGCAUCACGAGGAGGGGCUUCCAGGCCAGCUACUACUCCAGCCCUUCUGAAGAUAACACCAAGCUGCUUUGUCUGCCAAACCACAUGCAAGCCAGUGUGAGCAAGAGCUACCUCCAAUCCUUGGGCUAUUCUGCCAAGGACCUUGUCAUUCCCAACUGGAAUGAAAGCUCCCAGUGUCAGCCCCAAAUAACGGCCAGCCAGGUGACGUUCACAAUUCCAUACACGGGCUGUGGCACCAUCAAGCAGGUAGAUAAUGAUACCAUCAUCUAUUCCAACUUCCUCAGAGUAGCUGUUCCAAGUGCCACCAUCAAGAGCAAGAAGGAUCUCCACAUUCACAUCUGCUGCAAAAUGCUCCAGAAUACCUGGGUUAACACCCUAUACAUUGCUAAUGACACCAUCGAGGUCAAUGAAGUGCAGUAUGGCAAUUUUGACGUGAACAUUUCCUUUUAUACAUCUUCUUCAUUUUUAUAUCCAGUGACCAGCAGCCCGUACUAUGUGGACCUGAACCAGAACUUGUACCUUCAGGCUGAGAUCAUCCAUUCUGACACCUCCUUGUCCUUGUUUGUGGAUACCUGUGUGGCGUCCCCAUAUUCCAAUGACUUUACAUCUCUGACUUACGAUCUAAUCCGGAGUGGGUGCGUGAAGGACAACACCUACCAGUCUUACCCUCAGCCGUCACCUCGCAUCGCCCGCUUCAAAUUCAGUUCCUUCUACUUCCUGAGGCGCUUCCCCUCCGUGUACCUGCGGUGUAAGAUGGUGGUGUGCAGGGCUGACGACUACUUCUCCCGCUGCCGCAGAGGCUGCAUCCUGAGGUCCAAGAGGGACGUGGGCUCCUACCAGGAGAAGGUGGACGUCGUCCUGGGACCCGUUCAGCUGCAGGUCCCACACACCGAGAAGUGGAGCCUGGCUAAGUGGCGGACCUCCCGCCCCUAGAUCCGUGACCUGCGGGGAGCCGGAUUGUUUCUGCUGGUGUUGCACUGCACCCCAGAGUGGGCACCCACCGCAUGCCAGGCCUGCUGUGCACCACGGGGCGAUACGGACUUAGCUAGAUCGCUUCUCGCCUUCUUCCAUGGGCUCCUGGUCUAUGGGGGACCACGUGUAGUGCUUGGUCAGGAGAGUUCUGAUCUGCGACACAGACACAGCUGACACCUUUGUCGUCUGGGUUCUGAACUCCCCGCACCUCACACUCACUGACUGUGAAACAAAAAGGUUAAUACCUACCAGUUAGGACUGUUGAGGGGGUGCAAUAAAAUAAUGUUAGUUAAACUGC